AUGGAUGGAAGUAAUCAGUCUUUGGUAUCCGAAUUUAUGCUUUUGGGACUUGCCCACUCACAUAAUCUUCAAGUCUUACUCUUCAUAGUAUUUCUGAUGCUUUAUCUGAUUAUUUUAUCUGGAAAUACUACUGUCAUGUUCUUAAUCAUCACUGACCAGAAUCUCCAUUCCCCCAUGUACUUCUUUUUGGCCAACCUGUCCUUUGUUGAUAUGUGGCUUUCUUCCAUAACCACUCCUAAGAUGAUCACAGACUUUCUCAAAGAACCAAAGAUCAUUUCCUUUGCAGGCUGCAUGUGCCAAGUCUUCUUUGAUCAUUGUGUGGGUGCAGUAGAGAUGGUGCUAUUGGUGGUUAUGGCUUAUGACCGCUAUGUGGCCAUCUGCAAACCACUCCACUAUUUCACCAUCAUGAACUUGAAAAGAUGCACUGGGUUGGUGUUGACUUCCUGGACAAUUGCCUUUAUCCAUGCCAUGAGUCAGCUUUUGGCAGUUGUACAGCUGCCUCUCUGUGGCCACAUGGAAAUUGACAGUUUCUUCUGUGACAUACCAUUAAUAAUCAAGCUGGCUUGCAUGGAUUACCAUGAUUUGGAUAUUUACAUGAAUGCUGACUGUGGGGCUGUGGUUGUAACCUGCUUUAUUCUGUUGCUUAUUUCCUACACAUAUAUCCUUAUCACUGUUCGCCAAAGCUCUAAAUCCGGUGCAUCUAAGGCCCUGUCCACGUGCACUGCCCACAUCACAGUGGUGAUGAUAUUUUUUGUGCCCUGCAUCUUCAUCUAUGUGUGGCCUCUCAAUAUCAUAUGGUUGGACAAAUUUCUUGCUGUAUUUUAUACUGUUUUUGCACCUCUCCUUAAUCCAGCCAUUUAUACACUGAGAAAUAAAGAGAUGAAAAAUGCUGUAAAGAAAUUAAAAAACUAUUUCAGGAAUCACAAGGAAAAUACUUAA